AGCAUGUCGCUGAAGGUCCAGACGAGUAACGUGACCAACAAGACCGACCCGAAGUCCAUCAACUCCCGGGUGUUCAUCGGCAACCUGAACACGGCGGUGGUGAAGAAGUCGGACGUGGAGGGCAUCUUCUCCAAGUACGGCCGGGUCCUGGGAUGCUCCGUGCACAAAGGCUACGCCUUCAUCCAGUACGCCGGCGAGAGGCAGGCGCGGGGCGCCGUGGUCGGGGAGAACGGCCGGGUGCUGGCCGGACAGACGCUGGAUAUCAACAUGGCAGGAGAACCGAGGCCAAGCAGACCCAAAAUCCUGAAGCGAUCGGCCGCCUCUCUCUACAGCGGCUACGAGUUUGACUACGACUUCUACAGAGAAGAAUUCUACGACAGGUUGUUUGAGUACCACGGCAGGGCGUCUCCGGUCCCUCGGGUGGUACCCGUCAAACGCCAGCGGGUAGAGGUGCCUCUGGUCCGACGGGUCAAAUCCUCGCCCGUCAAACUGCUGGCACGUAACGCCUCCGCCUUCCCCACCAGCAACGGCAACAAACAGAGAUCAGUGAAAGGUGCAGAGCUUCAGGGGAUCAAGUCAGAGUUGACUCAGAUCAAAGCCAACAUCGAAGGCUUGCUGGGCAGACUGGAGCAGAUCACAGAAGACACACACAUCAACUCCUCAGAGCUGAGGAAGGCAGGGGAGUGUAAGAGCGAGGAGGCGUGGCAGGAAGGGGAGGAGUCGAGCUCAGAGCUGGAGGACGAGGAGGAGCACAGACAGAACAGCGAAGCUGAAGAAGAGGAGGAGGAAGAGGAGGGAGAGCACACACAGGACGACACCCAUGACCACAUGCCGGAGAACGGUCGCAUAUCAUCAGAGACGGACUCCAUUCACGCGUGA